UAUGUGUGUGUGUAUAUAUAUGUACUUGGAAAACGUUCAUGAUAAAACUCUUUAAACUUUAGGUCGGUUAAUAGUUACAAAUUUUGUUUUAUAUUUUGGAAAACAAAAUCGGUGUUAACAAUCGUCAUCAUGUUUCAUAAAGUUAUAUCACGUGUGUGUAAUCGAACAAAUCAAUUAAACAAUACACGUUUUUUUUCACAAAAAAUUGAAGCGAAUAGUAUAGAAAAAACUAUUAAUCAAAUAACAUUACUUGGAAGAGUUGGUGGAGCUCCACAAGAACGCGGAACUGAAAAACACCCUGUAGUGAUUUUCUCUCUAGCAACUCAUUUCAAUUAUAAAUAUGAAAAUGGUGAAUAUCUACAAAAAACAGAUUGGCACAGGAUAUGUGUUUUUAAACCUAAUCUUAGAGAAAGUAUAUCUAAUUACAUGAAGAAAGGACAACGUGUAUUAGUAAAUGGAAGAUUAAGUUAUGGCGAAUUCAAAGAUGAUGAAGGAAAUACAAGAAUAUCUACAGCCGUUAUAGCAGAUGAAGUCAUCUUUUUCCAAUACUAAUAAUAAAGUAAAAUAUUUCUUUAA